AUGGGAGACGACCAAUGCAAUGGCAAAGCACCUCUGCUUCUCGCUUGCCUCGAAAGGCCCUUGCCGGGGUCGCCUAAGUCAGUUUUUGACUUGAUGGCACAUAUACUUUCCUUUCCUGUUUCCUCCUCCCAGCCCCGCUGCAUCUCAGCUACGCGGAAUGAGCUCUUGCCAGUGUUGCGCCGGGCAUUCCAAACGAGUGCCAUCUCCAGGGACAUUGAUACUGCUGCCAAGUUUAUUGGUGCUGGCGCUGCCACCGUGGGUGUGGCUGGCUCCGGCGCUGGCAUCGGGACCGUAUUUGGCAGUCUCAUCAUUGGCUAUGCCAGAAACCCCUCCCUGAAGCAGCAGCUCUUCUCCUAUGCCAUCCUAGGGUUUGCACUGUCCGAGGCCAUGGGGCUGUUCUGCCUGAUGGUGGCAUUCCUCAUCCUCUUUGCCAUGUGAUGGAGCCGGAUGUGCCCGCCUGCCGUGGGCUCCCCUCUCGUCCCUCUGUGUUUAGUCUCGUGUGUGCUCUGACCGGAUUGUUCUAUGGCAGAUAAGGAGAGCCCGUCUGUUAACCACAUCUGUCUGGCUCAGAGGGGGAAAGUGAAUAAAUAAUGUAUUGAUAUACA